CACCCAUGAGAACCUUAUCCCUAUCCUCAUCCUCAAUUGCCCACACACAACACGAAGGCCAGGAGCACAUAGAGGCCAAGCACUUCUCACCAUUCUCUCCUCCUCCUUUUGGUGUGUUUCAAUGAUGGGUACUAAAGUAACUGCACACUGCUUAGCAGUUAUCCUGCUGUACUGCUGCAUCUUCUUUUGUUCCUCUGCUGCUCAUCACCGCGUAAGGAAGAAGCACUUCGCACCUGCAGUGGUGGUUGGGGCCGUUUUCUGCGACACCUGCUUCCUCCGAAAGCUCUCCGAGUCCAGCAGAUUCAUCUCAGGUGCUACGGUUGCAAUCGAAUGCCGCCGGGACGAGUCCGCAAGGCCGAGCUUCAGAAAAGAAGUCUUGACCGACCGGCGCGGCGUGUUCAGAAUCCGCCUCCCAGCUGAAGUAACCAAGCACGUCAAGUCGGUCCGGCCCUGCUCGGUGAACCUGAUCCGGAGCAGCGACCCUUUCUGCGCGGCACCAUCAACUGCUGCAUUGCUCCUCCACCGGUUCAAAUCGCGGUGGCAGGCGGCUGACGUCCGCGUGCUCUCGGCCGGGAUCUUCGCCUUCAAGCCAUUGCAACGGCCGGAAUUCUGUGACCGACGACGUGACAGAUCCUCUCCGGAGUCCGAACAGAAUGCCGAGCAGCCGGCAUUCUUCUUCCCGACGCCGAACUUCCCCUUCCUGCCAUCGCCGCCGUCGUUCCUGCCCCCGAACCCGUUGCAGCCUCCACCGUCGGUUCUGCCGCCGCUUCCUUUCCAGCCGUCGCCCCCGCCGUUCGUGAACUUGCCACCGUUGCCGUUCCUGACUCCGCCGCCGCCGCCGCCAGCUUUUCAGCUCCCUCCAUUCCCGUUCCCGUUCCCGCCGAGCCCUCUGUUUCCCGGCAUCCCACCGGCUUUCACGUCGAAGAACGCCUCGCCGUGACGGCGUGCUCGCAGUGUCUAAGGGGGUGUUUGGAUCGACAUAAUUGCGGUCGGCCAUAAAUAAGAUUUAGUAAGAGUAGAAACAUGAACUCCGCCAACAGCAAAAGCUUUUACUACUCUUACAAAGCUUCAAAUACGACGGAAUUGCAAUUACAUCAAUCCAAAUGCGUCCUAAAGUGUGUUAUUGCAGUAUCUACAUAACUUGCUGCAGAGUUUUCACUGCUUUACUAUAGUUCAAUUUAUAGUAUCAAACAAUAUGCUAAAUAUUAACAUGGAUUUUAUAUAUAUAUGUAGCAAUCAAACGGUGAACCAAAUGGGCUCCAUCUCAAAGGUAUUA